AUGGAUGGUGUGGGGUGGAAGGCGCGCGGGGAUCGAAAAACCAAAUUCAAUAAUGCGAGAAGUUUUAUGCCGAGAAUCAAGCAUUCAGCAAAGCUAAUUAUGUUGUGUAUAAGGUAAGAGCGAGGUCGAGCGAGUUGGUUUCCUAGGCCAUGAGAAUUUGUUAGGUGCUGCGCAGCUGCAUUUCAAGUUUGAGGAACUCUAGAAAAUUUUUUGAAUAGCGCAUCUUGUUCGUUUCGACGAGACGAAUCGAAUGGUGCACUCAAAAUUUCUCGCAACUUUCGCUAACUCGCUGAAAAUUCGCAAUAAACGUUUUUCUGCAAACAAACACCGCCACGCAAAAAUGCACACAAAAAAAUAAUUUUUAUUUUUUCGAAUCGUCAUUUACACGGUCACCGAAUGGAUAUGUGGGAGAGAAGCGUUCAUCGACAUUUUCAACGUCUUCAAAUUCUUCAGAUACACAGGUUUGUCUUUGAAAAAUCCCGAUUUCAAACUUGAUUUUUCUCAAAGGUGUCCCAAUUGGUGGAAUCGGUUGCGGAUCCAUCGGCACCGAUCAUCGAAUGGCGUUCAACAGAUUCUCGAUAAUCCCCGGCAUCAAAGAACAAACUACUAACAUCAAAUCGAAUAUUUUCAUAGUGUCUGUGCACUCUAAACUAACUGGAUCACUAAUUUAUCAAUCGCUUUUGAGCGCAGCUGAUUUCAAUGGUAAAGCUCUGAAAUCCUGGAAAACUAUGCGCCCAGAAAAUGUGAAGUACCGCGGGUUAUUUCCAAGAGCCUGGUAUGAAUUUACACUUGGAGAGACUGGUAUCAAAAUCCUGUGUACCCAGGUUUCCCCAGUUGUUCCUAAUAAUUAUGAGGAUACUAGCCUCCCGGUUGCCGAUUUUGAAUUCGAAGUUGUGAAUGAAGCAGAAGAAGAUGUGAAUGUCUCGAUUGUUUUUACAUUUCGAAAUGGAACUGGGAAUGCCAAAUGGAAUUCUGAAUCGAUCUGUGAAGUUCAAGAAUUCUGCGAAGCUGAAAAAUACACCGGAAUCUCACUCAAACACAAAGUUCGAGGAAUGGAUUUGACCUAUGUUCUGGGUAAUAAUGGAAAGGAUGUUAUGACGACUAGUUUUGACCCGAACUCGAAUGGAAAUGAGAUUUGGAAGGAGUUGGAAAGAUCAGGAGAUCUUCCCGAAAAAAUCGAAUCGAAAAAUGAGAGAAGAGAGUUGGGAAUUGCUAUCAGAACGAAGAUUUUAGUGGAGAAGAGUGGCAGCAAUUCGACGAUUUUCUCGUUGACCUGGUUUAUGCCGAAAGUUGAUUUUGGGAAGAAUUGUGGGAGGAGUUAUGAGAGAAGGUAGGGAGAAGAAUUCUUGCAAGCGCAUUGCGGUAGCGCGCUGCGUGCUCAACGAUAUUUGUGCUCUGAGAUUUUUAAUGAAAUGUAUGUUUUCUAGUAGUUUUCGACCCGCUGAUCACGAUUCCGCUGUCUAAAUUUGCAAAACUCAACUUCUAACAUGAGUUAUGACGUGGAAAAGUUGAGAAAUUUGGAACUUUAGGAGGUCCGAAAUGAUUUUCAUGAAAAUCUGAUAACACAGCGUUGUUCAGGAGGUUCGAUUACAUAAGGUGUUUCUACAACGCUAUGGCAUCAGAUUUUCAUGAAAAUCACUCUGAAGACAAGUUCUGACCUCCUAAAGUCACAAUUUUCCAACUUUGCCACGUCAUAACUCAUGUUAAAAGUUGCGCUUUGCAGUUUUAGACAACGCAAUCGUGAUCAGCGGGUCGAAAACUACCAGAAAAUAUAUAUUUCAUUAAAAUCUCAAUUGCAACUUGAAUCAAAAUUGUCCUAUAGAAACAUGCCGGAUCUGAAAAUUUUCGAAAAUCACGCAAUUUUCAGCAGAAAUUGCAGAGGUUCCUGCUGAAAAUCCCGAGAUUUUUUCUGGAAAUUUUCUGAUCCAGCGCAGGAGAACCUAUCGUCAUUUUUUUUUCAAGCGCAGCGAGUGUAAACCGCAAGCUUCCGCGUCAGCGGCAGUAUCUUCCGCUUCAGCUCAAUUGCAACUCAAAAAAAACCAUUUUGCCACGUCAUAGUUCUCUUCCAGAUACACGCGCUUCUUCACCAACCCAUUCGACAUCUCCAAACAUGCCAUCCAGCAAUUUGCCACGUGGCAAACCCACAUCGACGCCUGGCAAAACCCGAUAAUCCACGACGAAUCGCUUCCCGAUUGGUAUCGAAGUGCACUUUUCAACGAGCUGUAUUAUUCAGUCGAUGGAAGUACGAUUUGGUUCAACUACGAAGAUGCGUGGAGAAUUCAGGAGCCUCGGAUUUCGCCGGAAACUGAACGACAUUUUCGCGAAUUCGGACGGUUUGGAUAUAUGGAAUCGUGGGAAUACUAUAUGAUAAAUACGUAUGAUGUGCACUAUUAUUCGAGUUGGGCGUUUUUGAAGAAUUGGCCGAUGAUUGAGUUGGGCAUACAGUUGGAUUUUGGUGGGAUUUUUUAUAACUUGUUUCAAACUACAUAGAUUUUUCCAGCCGAUCAAGUUUCCCGCGUCGACGCUUCUCAAACCACGUCACUUUUCGAAGGUCACCCAAUGCAGGUCAAAAAACCGGCAAGAAUUCCACAUGACAUGGGACAUCCUAGUAUGUUUUGAAUGGCCAUUUUUGACUGAAAAUGCAAAUGUUGGCUGGAAAUUUUCAGCCAAAAAGAUUAUUAGAGAAAUGUUCAAAUAUUGAUGAAAAAUGCAUUUAUUUCACAAAAAAUUGAAGUUGAAUAUAAAUUUCAGAAGAUAUAUGUGGCCGAAGUAUUUUGGUGGCCGAGAAAUGUCGGGAAUUCGGCCAUAGCAACAAACGCGCUCUAAUGUUGCGAAAAUUCUCAUUGUUGGAGCUCGUUGUCCGAAUUCCCGACAUUUCUUGGCCACCAAAAUAGUUCGGCCACAUAUAUCUUUCAUUUUUUCAGUAAUUGAAGUAAGUGCCUUUUUCAUCAAUAUUUGAACAUUUUUAAAAGUCGGCUGAAAAAUUUGCAGCCAAAAUUUUCAUUUUCUUACAGUCACAAAUCCCUGGAUCUCCACCAACGCCUACAUUCUACACGACACUUCCGAUUGGAAGGAUUUGAAUUUGAAAUUUGUGAUCAGCAGUUGGCGAGACUUCAAAUUGAUUGUAAGACAAUCGAAAUUUCAUGACAAUUCGGAAGCUCAGAGGAUUUUGAGAUUGUUUUAUGAGAAAAGCAAGGAAAUUGUUGACAGAGCUCUGGAGGAUUGGGAUGUUGGUGAGGUUUUGAGAGAAUAAUUUUGAAAAAAAAGAAAAAAUUUUCAGACAACGAUGGGAUGAUUGAAAAUUCCGGAUUUGCUGAUCAAACUUAUGAUGCCUGGAAAAUGACAGGAACCUCUUCAUAUUGCGGUUCACUUUGGAUUGCUGCUCUAACUUGUCUCAUUGAAAUGUCCAAAAACCUCGAGAAAAACGAGAAUUGCGAAAAAUAUCAACAGCUCGCCGAAAAAUCCAAUCGCAUUUUCAUCGAAAAACUAUGGAAUGGCAAAUUUUUCCGGUUUGACGAGGACAAAAACAAUGAAGAUGUUAUCAUGGCCGAUCAAUUGUCGGGAUUUUGGGCACUUUUGAUCAAUGACGAUGAGGUUUGUAUGGAUCGCGAGAAGAUUUUGUCGGCGAUUCGAGUGGUUUUUGAGAAUAAUGUGAAGAAGUAUGGGGAUGGAGAGUUUGGAGCGGUUAAUGGGUUUUUGUGAGUUUUUUGGGGGCAGGGCUAAAUUUAUUAAAUAAUCCGCAAAAUCAACAAAUUUUAAAAGAAAAAAAAUUAUUGAUCAAUAUUAUAAUCAACAAAAUCGAUUGAAUUAACCACUUUCGGCACAUUAUAAAUCGAAUGCAUCCCCAAAAACAUCAUAAAUUUCCUCGAAAUUUUCUGAUGAAUCAUAAGCAAGUUAAGAAAACUCAAAAAGUCCGACAAAUCUCGAAGGACCAUUUCUUCUUCCAUAUUCAAUCUCACAAUAAUUAAAUAAACCCUUGGAGAAAUUCUCGCGAUUUUUCCAAACAAUAUUUCUUGCCUCUUCUGAUAAUUCGAAUAUUGGAUCACAAAUUGCAAUUGAUUUCAAUAAUAUAUAUUCAAUUUCAGUGAUUUUCUCUCGAAUCAGAUAUCCCAUCACAUUUUUAGAUGAUUUUAUGAAAUUUUGAAGGGAAUAUUCGUUUCUUCUGAAAAUUUUUGAUUUUUUCUGUGAGGUCAAAUAAUAAGUUACCUCAUUUUUCCACCUGUAAUCAAAUCGCAUAUUGCAAUUCUAGAAAAAAUAUUGAAAAUUAUUAGAUGUAGAAUUCAAAAACAACUUACGAAUGUUGGGAAUUUAGAAAACAUCCGUCUGGAGUUUUGAAACAAUCUGAUUUAUUUUGAAAUGAUGAAAAUGCAAAAGUCAUUGUUUCAAUAAUCAAUGUUACAUGUUUAGCUAAUAUAAUUCGAUCGGCAUAUUUCAAAAGAUGGAAAAAAUCAAAUGUUUUCAAAUAUUCGAGUGAUAGCAAAAUAUCGAAUUUGACCCAAUGUUUUCUGCAAAAAAAAAAUGAAAUUUUAGUCGGAAAUUCGGUCAAAACUUGCGUAUUCAAUGAAUUAUCAAUUAAAUUCUGAUCUGGAAAUGUUAGCAAAUAUUCGUUGAGUUUUUGUUGCUUUUCUUGAAAUUCUUGCAAACCCAACGGCCAACCUGGCAUUGGCUGAAAAUUAUUUUUUCACUAACAAAAAAAUUUAAAAAAGUUAUUCCCCACCUCAAAUUUCUCAGCCAAAUUUAGGAUACUUGGAGACUCCAAAACUUGCUCAAAACUUGGAAAGCUCAAAGGAUUAUAGGUUGAAUUCCGAAGUUUUCGAAUUUGAGAAUCGAGUUUGCAUAAAUUCCACAUCAAUUGAUUAUUAGCAAAAUUAAAAGGUUUAAUCAUAAUUCGAAUCUUUUCUGGAACUUUUUCAUUUUCUCAUUGGUUUCGAGCCAGUUGUCUUCUCAUUUUUUUAAAUGAAAAAAAAUGAGGAUUACACUUUUUUUCAUAAUAUUUUAUAGUUUUUUCUAACAAAAAAAUCUAGUACGCAGAUAAUCCUUGGAUGUUUUUCUAUCCGAAACAUCUGUUUUGUUUGUAGUUUGAUUCUCUAGAUUUUCCAUGACUCGAAACCAACGAGAAAUUAAAAGAGUUCCUGAAAAUAUUCGAUUUAUGAUUAAAUCUUUUGAUUUUGCUGUAGAAUUUAUCCAAUCUCGAUUCUCAAAUUCGAAAACUUCAGAAUUCAACCUAUAAUCCUCUGAGCUUUCCAAGUUUUGAGCAAGUUUUGGAGUCUCCAAGUAUCCUAAAUUUGGCUGAGAAAUUCAAGGUUGGGAAUUUUUCUAAAUUUUUUAGUGAAAAAAUAAUUGUCAGGUUGGCCUUUGGGUUUGCAAGAAUUUCAAGAAAAGCAACAAAAACUCAACGAAUAUUUGCUAACAUUUCCAGAUCAGAAAUUGUUUGAAAAUUCAUUGAAUACGCAAGUUUUGACCGAAUUUCCCACUAAAAUUUCUUUCUUUUUUUUGCAGAAAACAUUGGGUGAAAUUCGAUAUUUUGCUAUCACUCGAAUAUUUGAAAACUUUUGAUUUUUUCCAAUUUUUGAAAUAUGCCGAUCGAAUUAUAUUAGCUAAACAUGUAUCCACACCUCGGCCAAAAUCGUGGUUUCCACAAUAAAAAAUUGUACGCUAACUUUUUACAGUACAAAAAUUGUGAAUUUUUCAGUUUUUGUCCUCUAAAAAUUGUGAUUUUUCAAUUUUUGACCUCUAAAAACUGAAAUUCAGAUUUUUCAAAAAAUUUUACUCUGGCCAGCCACGGCUUGGCCGAGGUGUGCAUGUAACAUUGAUUAUUGAAACAAUGACUUUUGCAUUUUCAUCAUUUCAAAAUAAAUCAGAUUUUUUUAAAACUCCAGACGGUUGUUUUCUAAAUGCCCAACAUUCGUGAGUUGUUUUUGAAUUCUACAUGAAAUUUUCAAAACUUUUCUAGGAUUGCAAUAUUCGAUUUGAUGGAAAAAUGAGGUAACUUAUAAUUCGCCCUCACAGAAAAAAUCUAAAAAUUUUCAGAAGAAACCAGGCCUGUGCCGGAAAAUCGAAACCCGGAAAACGGAAAAUUUCCGGAUUUUUUGAACCGGAAAAUCCGGAAAAUUCGGAAAAUUUUUCAAAGUCAGAAAUUUCGAUUUUCAGCCUUAAGUUGGCACAAAAACUUAUUUUUAUCUACAAUUCUUCUAUUCACAGGUAAUUCAGUAACUAUUUGAGACCUUUUACGUUCAAAAAAUCGUAAAAUUUAAGAAAAAAAUUCCAAAAAAUUUCAUUUUUUUGUAUCAUAAACUGAGAAAAUUUCCCAAAAUUUAGGCAAAAUUGUAAAUAUUACUGAUAAAGAUCAUUUUCCGGAUUUUCCGAGCACAUUUUCCGGAAAAUCGGAAAAUUGAUUUUUUCGUGAAAAAACCGGAAAAUCCGGAAAUUCGGAAAAUUCGGAAAAUUUCCGGCACAGGUCUGGAAGAAACGAAUGUUCCCUUCAAAAUUUCAUAAAAUCAUCUAAAAAUGUGAUGGAAUAUCUGAUUCGAGAAAAAAUAACUGAAACUGAAUAUAUAUUAUUGAAAUCAAUUGCAAUUUGUGAUCCAAUAUUCGAAUUAUCGGAAGAGGCAAGAAUGAUUGUUCGGAAAAAUCGCGAGAAUUUCUCCAAGGGUUUAUUUAAUUAUUGUGAAAUUGAAUAUGGAAGAAGGAAUGGCCCUUCAAGAUUUGUCGAACUUUUGAGUUUUUUUUUUAAAUAAUUUGUGACUCCGUGGGGCUCACAAGUCACAGCUACUGAAUUUCCCAACCAAAUUUUCUUCAAUUCCAGAACCACUGGCUCCGUAGAUUCGUCCUCAAUUCAAAGUAUGGAAGUCUGGAGUGGAAUAACCUAUGCCCUUUCCUCUCUAAUGAUCGAACUUGACAUGAAAAAUGAGGCAUUUGAGACAUCUGAAGGGCUUUUCAAAUCAAUCUGGCAUAAUUAUCCUCUCCAAUUUCAAACACCUGAAGCAUUCGCCGAAGAUGGAAUGUAUCGAGCACUGGGUUAUAUGAGACCUAUGUCGAUUUGGAGUAUUCAACAUUCAAUUGACAAGAAGAGGUCUAAUUAA